CAGUUAUGUUCUCUUUUGUUUAAAAAAAAACAUGCAUUUAUUUCAAAUAUUUUCCUAUCAACGUAAUUUUUAAUACUGUCAUAUGAAUAUUGAAUCGUGUGAAUAAUAAUUAUUUAAAAACAACCGCAAUGCAUAAGAAAUCAACGGAAGUUCUUUCUUCAGCGCGAUCUUCGAGUGAUGUUGGAAAUCAGUUUUCCUAUAAGCGUUAUUUUAUAAACAACUUAGAUUCCUAUCAUGGUGCUUAUAUGUUAAAAGAAGUGUCAAAAGUUCUCGAGAAAAAUAAUGCUUCUACAAAAGAUACUUCACAAAGCCUUUUGGGAGAAGACAUCAUGCCUGUGUCACCACCUCCACCUGAACAACCAUUUGAAAUUAUAGGCACUGUUAUAAAUGAAAACUUGAAGACCAUCGAUCAUGUGGCUAGGAUCAUACCAACCGCUGAAUGUAUCCCGCAAAUGCUGACUUGCGGUACUGUAAUUUUGGAUGUCAGUUAUGACAGAGAGCAACUAAGAAUUGCCUCGGAAUAUAUUAAAGUUUUGAAGGAGUUGUUAGAAAAACAAGCUCCUCCCCCCAAGUCUUCGGGUGAUCCCGACGAACCGGCAACUAGUGGUACAGCCGGCGGCAUUGGGGAAAACAAGAAGCGGUACCUGAUACUUAUAUCCACUGUCAUGACUUGGGCUUGCACUAAACCAUUGGAUCCGGAUACUCCAGAGAUGCCGUUUAUAGAAACAGAUUUUAGAAAAAGAAAACCGCACCCAAAUUAUAAAAUGCAUUUUGACAUCGAAAAUGAAGUUAUUGGAAUAGCAAGAAAGUAUAGAUAUUAUAUUGGAGCAUUGGUGGUAGCCGCUGGGGUAACCUAUGGUGGCAAAGAGGAUGUGCUUUUCUACUGGUUCCAAAAAUCUUGGGAAUGCGAGCCAGUUCUUCCCAUACUAGGCCGUGGAAAUAAUAUCGUCCCUUUGAUAAACGUUUACGAUCUAGCUCAAAUAGUGUACAAUUUAGUGUUGGACUUCCCAAGGAAGCUCUAUAUAUUAGCGGUAGAGCAAAACGUGACGAAACAAAGAGAGAUAGUGAAGCCACUCGGCCGACAAGUAGGUUCUGGAAUGUUCAAAUGUAUUCCGCCGGAAGACGCCUUUUUGAUUCCGGAACUAGACCAAAGAAUAUAUGAUUUGAUGACUUUAAAUUUGAGCAUGGAACCAACUUUCAUUGUCGAGACAAUGGGACUGCAAUGGGUUUCGGAGUUGACCUUUGCUGAGAACAUACCAGUGCUUAUGAAGCAAUUUAAGAAGGAGAGGGGAUUGAAACCUUUUAAGAUUGUCAUAUACGGCCCGCCAAUUGCGGGUAAAACGACUUUGGCAAAGAGUAUUUGUGAAGCUUACGGACUCGUUUACAUUUCACCGGAAACCGUAGCACAAGACAUGUUGGAAGACUUAACAUGGCGAGUACAUCAUUGGGAAGUUGGAGAAAUUGCUGCCCUGGGUAUUGUUUCCCCCGAAGAAGAGGACUUGGGUCUAGCGGACGAUGAUGACGAGUUUGGAGAAGAGGAUUUACAAGAGGCAGCUAAGCAAACCCUGGCAAUCCUACAGUCUGGCCGACUGCUUAAUGACGAAGAAAUUUUAGGGUAUUUGCGGCAGAAAAUGCUGAGUCGUGACGCCUUGAACAGAGGAUGGGUACUUGAUGGGUAUCCAACGUCACUUAUACAAUGCGCUGCACUGUUUGAAAAGGGUGAAGAACAGGAUUCGGAAGCAGGAGAGGAAACUACUGAAGAACCGUUUGACGAAGACGUCGAUUUAUAUAACAAUGUUCUAAGAAAGAUGUUGCCAGAUAUUGUGGUUUAUUUAGAUGCUACUGACGAUUUUAUUUGUGAAAAAGCCAUGCGUCAACCAGAAGGCGAUGCUCGUUUAGAUGAAGAGACAAUACUUAAGCGCCUAAGUGAAUUUCGAGCAGUCGAUACUCGCGAAUCUACUCCGCUGAACUUCUUUGAUGAACUAGAUAUUCAUCCAUUAGUUGUAAAUGUUAAAGAUCAUGGGGAUUAUUCAAUGAAAAUUGCGUAUUCGGCUGUAGCCCUGCGCAUGGGACGACCAUGUCGCUAUGGAAAACUUAUGGCUCUUAUCGAAGCAGCCGAAAAGAAAGAAAAGGAGGAAUUAGAAACCUUGAGAGCGCGCGAAGAAAAGAUUUUAAAACAACUCGAGGCAAAGCUGAAAGAAGAACGCGAGGAGAAAAUGGAAUAUUGGACGGAAUUGUACGCUAUAAUGCGUGAGGAAGAGGAAGCGGCGUUGGCAGCUGCAGGCGAACCAAUGCGAAAUUAUUUAGUCCAUCACAUCUUUCCAACUCUUACUCCAGCUCUACUCGAAGUUGCAAAGUUGCGGCCGGAGGAUCCAAUUGAUUUCCUUGCUGAAAAAACUUUCAAGCUUAACCCUAUUGGUAAAGAAUUUGAAGAAAAGUACAAUUUGUACAUGCAAAGAUUAAGCCUGACUAAAGAGGCUGCUAUUGAAAAAGAAAAGCAAAAACAUCUUAAUUAUGAAGUAGAAGAAAAACCAGUAAUAGUUGAAAGUAAACCUAGUGAAGAGUCACAUCAUGGACUUGAACUUAUGUACAAUUUAUAAAUGUUGUCUUCAGAUUUAUUACUUUUUAUUUAAUUGUGAUAUUUGUGAUACGUUUAUUUAAUAGGUGUGGUAGAGUUUUCAGGGUGACGCUAGUUUUAUUUUGUGUACGACGGUUUUCGUACGUGCUUUUAGUUUGUGUGUUCUAUAUACCUGUUUUAUUUAGUUGCCUAGAUAUUAUACUUGUUCUAGGUUUGGCAUUUCUUUAAAUAAAUAAUUUUAAUUAUAA